AUGGUUAUCUCAAAUAACCAGUUGUCUGGUGAGGUUCCUGACUUUUGGGACAAUAUGCCAUCACUGUACAUCGUAGAUGUGUCGAAAAACAGUCUUUCAGGUUCAAUCCCAAGAUCCUUAACUUCUCUUACUUCACUCAGAUUCUUGAUACUCUCUAGCAACAACCUUUCGGGCGAGCUUCCUUCCAUGAAAAACUUCACUUACAUGAGGAGUCUUGAUCUUGGUGAGAACCAUUUCUCUGGAUCUAUUCCGGCUUCCAUAGGAGAAAGCAUGCCCUCUUUGUUGAUUUUCCGUUUGAGGCUCAACUCGUUUAGUGGAAGCAUCCCUUCGCAGUUAUGUGGCCCUUCAAGUCUCCACAUAUUGGACCUCUCACACAACUAUAUUUCCGGAAAUGUUCCCUGCUGCAUAGGUAACUUAACUGGCUUCGGACCCGAAGUCACAGAUAAAGUUACAGAAGAUUAUCUUUACCAGGGAAGAUUGAAGGUAGUGGCGAAAGGAAGAGUGCUCGAAUAUGAUUCCAUCCUCUACCUCUUCAAUAGUGUCGAUCUUUCGGACAAUAACUUGUCAGGAGAGAUGCCAUUAGGCCUAACAAGCCUUACAAGGCUGGGGACUUUGAACCUGUCCAUGAAUCAGUUGACAGGAAAUAUCCCGGAAAAGAUCGGAAACUUGGAGUGGAUAGAAACUCUCGACGGAUCGAGCAACAAACUUUCGGGAUUAUCAUGUGGUUCACCAUCAUGCACAAUGAGCUUUUGUCCAGAAGGAACAGGUGUAGAAAUUUGUUUGGCAUCCACGAAUUUUGUACGUCUGAGCAAAUCCAAUGCAUAUUUGGCCUGGUUCAAAUGCAUUGAUUGCCAAAGUACUGAACUUCCGAAUCCACACCCAACAGGUAACUGA